CCACUUUCAUCAACUCUGUUCGAGCCCUUGUGAUAGUUGUUAAGAAAUUGAAACGUUCAUGUUAUAAAAUAUUCCGACAAAAGUUUACUUAUCUUUGCUAUCUCCUCACACUCUCUGUGCAAUUUCUUCAUGCAUGAGGCAUUGAUUUAGAAGCCAUUUCAUCAAGAGCCCUAACAUAAAGAACUUCAAAGAUCAAGAUUACUCUUUAUUGAAGGAAGAUUGCAAAUCUAAAGAAAAGUUAUUCGAGGAUCGUGAAUUCCAAGUUGAUCCCCAGCUUCUGACAGACAAAACAAGAGAUAAUGAAAGUGGAAAAAUCCAGUGGCAUCGCCCCCACGCAAUAUGCACCCAACAAGGCAUCAACGAGGGCCCCAAGAUGUUCGGUGUUGAGUGCCAUCGUUCAGAUAUCAAACAAGGAGAGAUUGGCAAUUGCUGGUUCGUCGCUGCCUUAACCAGUUUGGUCCAGAGCAAAGAUGUUAUUCAAGAAUUGAUUCCCUCGGAUCAAGACUUCCAAACUGACCAUUACCACGGAAUCUUCCGUUUUCGAUUCUGGGCCUUUGAUGAGCGACAUGAGGUUCUGGUGGAUGAUCGUCUUCCUACUGUUAAUGGUCAACUGAUCUAUCUGAAAUCCGAAACCAAGAAUGUAUUUUGAAGUGCCUUAUUAGAAAAAGCUUACGCCAAAUUCUACGGAUCUUACCAGAAUCUGGAUAACGGAUCAAUGUUGGAGGCUGCUGUUGAUUUAUGUGGAGGCAUACCGAGAAGGAUCCCCCUUCAAAACUUGGAAAAUCUCUUCCACAUUAUCCAUAAUGACAUGCUUCAAGGGGCUGUCUUAGGAUGGGGUCUAAACAUAGAAAAAACCACUCAAGGAGAAGAAAAGGGUUUGAAAGGAAAUCACGUGUACCCCAUAAUCACAGCCAGAGCUAUAAAACCUCUUAAUUCGGAAGUGGUUCAACUGAUCUACAUGAAGGAUCCUCAUGGCGAUGGCCAACAAUGGACUGGAAACUGGGGCAAUGAAGAUGAGAAGUGGUGGAAGACUGACAGAGACACCAGAAAUAGUUUUGAAUCUGAGUGGAAAAGGAAUGGACAUUUUCAUAUGCCUGUGGAGGAAUGUGUGAACUAUUUCGAUAAGUUGGAAAUCUGCUAUCUUGACCCUUCUGAUAUGGAGGAAGAAGACAGCAGCCGCAAACUUAGGUUGACACAGAGCUUUGGAAAGUGGAUAAAUAUGAAAGACGGAGAUCCAUUCACGAUUGAUUCAGCAUCAAGCAUGACCGACCUCCAUUCAUGUAUUGUCUCUUUGCGUCAAAUGAAUAUGGGAGAAAAGGCGUUUUUUGGCUUCAAAGUAAACGAUCAUUCAAAAACCGAAGUGGCCAUAUCAGGGAUAAAUGUGUGAAACUAAAGAUGCAAUCUCUAACACAAAGGAUCCGUCCAUAUUGAUGAAGCACGUGAUUCUGAACUCCCUUCCUAUUGGACCACUCUGAUAUUUUUCAUGAAUAAAGAAGAACCGUGAUCCAAGGUAAGGCCUAAAUUACCGUUUUUGUCCGUUCCUUAAUAAAAUCAAAGCCUACCGCGGCUUCCAAUGACAAUUGGAAAGACCUCCAGUUAAAUUGAGACCUCCAUGAAUCAACUAAUGCCAAACCUCGCACCCGUCUU